AUGGAGGUCAAUCACGACCCUGAGAAAGCGAUGUACCAGACGAAAUCGCUCGGAAAGCCCUCCGGACGACCUCCCUCCCCAAUGGCGGACCCUAUCGUCAACUCCAGCGCGGAGCAGUCAGACGACGAAUCCAGCCAAAAGCCCGACCCCCGGGACAUCUCACAAUGGUCCAUCUUUCCAGAUAUACUCCAAAUACGGAAACGUAACGAGUCUAUCGGUGGGAAAUCGAAGAAGCUGGGUGUGACCUGGCAGAAUCUCACAGUAAAGGGCAUCAGCAGUGAUGCGCUUUACAACGAAAAUGUUCUCUCUCAAUUCAAUCCCUUCGGUAAGGGCAGCAAGAACCCACCCCUGAAGACUAUUAUCGACAACUCUUCUGGAUGUGUCAAACCCGGUGAGAUGUUGCUUGUUCUUGGAAAUCCAGGGGCCGGAUGCACAACACUUCUUAGCGUUCUAUCAAACCACAGAAAUGGCUUCGCAGAAAUUACUGGCGACGUCUCGUUCGGUUCGAUGACCAGUCAAGAAGCCAAACAAUAUCGUGGUCAGAUUAUCAUGAACUCAGAAGAAGAGAUCUUCUUUCCAGCUCUUUCAGUUGGUGACACCAUCGACUUCGCCACACGUUUGAAGGUGCCCUUCCACCUGCCACCAGACACCAAGAACGAGGAGGAGUACGCCCAAAUAUACAAAGAAUUCCUCUUGAAGUCUCUCGGUAUCACACACACAAAGGAUACCAAGGUCGGAGAUGAGUUCAUUCGUGGCGUUUCGGGUGGCGAGCGCAAGCGAGUGUCCAUUCUCGAAUGCCUUGCGACUAGAGGCAGCGUCUUCUCCUGGGAUAACUCCACUCGUGGUCUCGACGCGAGCACUGCGCUAGAUUGGACGAAAGCCAUGCGCGCCAUGACAGAUAUUCUUGGUCUCACUACAAUCGCCAGUCUGUACCAAGCAGGUAAUGGUAUCUACGAGCAGUUCGACAAGAUUCUGGUUCUCGAUAACGGCAAGCAGAUCUUUUACGGAUCUCGAGACGAAGCUGUGCCAUACAUGGAGGAUCUUGGCUUCCUAUGCGACCCUGCAGCCAACAAGUCAGAUUUCCUCACGAGCGUGUCGGCGCCUGCUGUACGCACAAUUGCCCCAAACUUUGAGGACCGAUUUCCUCGAUCAACAGAGGAGCUGCUCGAUGCUUAUAACAACUCGCCCAUCAAACCAAGGAUGAUGGCCGAGCUCGACUACCCCAAUAGUCCCGAAGCUCAGCAGAAUACGGCAUACUUCAAGGAACAGGAGGCUCAAGACAAGCACAAGAACCUUCCGAAGAAAGCUGCGGAGUCCGCAGGAUAUUUCCAUCAGGUGCAGACGGCUACCGUACGCCAAUUCCAGAUCCUCUGGGGCGACAAGAAAACUCUGUUCAUCAAGCAAGCCUCAACUAUCGUUCAGGCGCUGAUCGGUGGCUCACUAUUCUACAAUGCUCCGGACAACGCGGCGGGCUUGUUCAUCAAGGGAGGCUCACUCUUCUUCUCUCUACUAUAUCCUACCUUCAUCGCUCUCGCCGAGGUUACGGAUUCGUUCGUCGGCCGACCCGUCUUAGCCAAACACCGUGACUUUGCUCUCCACCAUCCAUCUGCCUUUGUCUUCGCCCAGGUCAUUACCGAUAUCCCGAUCAUGCUCUUCCAAAUCUCGCACUUUGGAAUUGUGCUGUACUUCAUGACUGGAUUCCAGUACACUGCCCAGGCUUUCUUCAUCUUCUGGCUCAUUAACUUGAUCUCGGCUCUGGCUAUGACACAGCUCUUCAGGUUCAUCGGUGCCGCUUUCCCGAAUUUCGACGCAGCAACUAAAGCUUCUGGAUUCACCAUCGUCGCUGCCUUCACAUAUGCAGGAUACAUGAUUCCCAAGCCUGACAUGCACCCUUGGUUCGUUUGGUUCUUCUGGAUCGACCCCAUGGCCUACGCGUUCGAAGCAUUGCUCGCGAACGAGUUCCACGACCAGGUGAUUCCUUGUGUGGGCCCAUUCCUGGUUCCAAAUGGCGAAGGAUACAGCCCCGAAACAGGAGGCGGACAAGCAUGUACCGGCGUCCGCGGUGCGCCUCCCGGAGCAACCAGCGUUACUGGUGACCAGUACCUGGCUUCCAUGUCCUUCAGCCAUAGCAACCUUUGGCGCAACUUUGGCAUUCUCUGCGCCUGGUACGUUUUCUUCGUGGCAAUGACCGUCUUCUUCACUUCCAGGUGGAAGCAGAUGGGCGAAGGUGGUCGCGGCCUCCUCAUUCCCCGUGAGAAGCAGAAGAAGGUACCUAAGGCCGGGGUUGCAGAUGAGGAAUCCCAGGCUAUCGAGGAGCCAUCCGAGAAGUCCGGCUCCGAUUCCGAGAAGUCUGACGCAACCAUCGACAACCAGCUCGUCCACAAUACAUCGGUAUUCACCUGGAAGAAUCUGACUUACACCGUCAAGACGCCGCAUGGGGAUCGUCUUCUUCUCGACAACGUUCAAGGAUUUGUCAAGCCCGGUACGCUCGGUGCUCUUAUGGGAUCUUCGGGUGCCGGAAAGACUACACUACUCGACGUACUCGCUCAACGCAAGACUGAUGGUGCCAUUCAUGGCUCCGUUCUAGUCGAUGGUCGCCCGCUCCCUGUGUCCUUCCAACGAUCCGCGGGCUACGUCGAACAGAUGGACGUCCACGAGUCAUUGUCCACGGUACGCGAGGCUUUGGAAUUCUCUGCUCUUCUCCGUCAGAAUCGUGAAAUUCCCCGCGAGGAGAAGCUCCGCUAUGUGGACACGAUCGUCAAUCUCUUACAGUUGGAAGACCUCGAGCACACCCUAAUCGGUCGCCCUGGUGCCGGUCUUUCUGUCGAACAGCGCAAGCGUCUCACUAUUGGUGUUGAGCUUGUAGCUAAGCCCAGUAUUUUAAUCUUCCUCGACGAACCUACUUCUGGUCUCGAUGGCCAAGCUGCAAACAACACGGUACGCUUCUUGCGCAAACUCGCUGAAGUCGGACAAGCUGUCCUCGUCACUAUUCACCAGCCAUCGGCCGACCUCUUUGCCCAAUUCGACACCCUCCUCCUACUAGCGAAGGGGAAAUACUUCGCUGAUCAUGGCGCACCGUGCCCCCGAGAGGCCAACCCUGCUGAGCAUAUGAUUGAAGUCGUAUCAGGAAGUCUUUCUAAGGGCAAGGACUGGAGCCAAGUUUGGCUCAACUCGCCAGAACACGAAAAUAUCACUCAAGAGCUAAAUACUCUUGUCGCUGAUGCUGCCGCCAAACUACCUGGAACUGUCGAUGAUGGCUAUCAAUUCGCAGCGCCUAUUUGGGAGCAGGUAAAGCUUGUCACGCACCGCAUGAACAUCUCCUUAUUCCGCAACACCGAGUACAUCAACAACAAGCUCAUCUUGCAUAUACUUCUGUCUCUUUACAACGGCUUUUCGUUCUGGUCGAUUGGUAACAGCGUCAGCGAUCUCCAGCAACGCCUCUUCACGGUCUUCAGUUUCCUGUUUGUCGCUCCCGGUCUCAUCUCCCAGCUUCAGCCUAUCUUCAUCGAUCGUCGCAACGUGUAUGAGACGCGCGAGAAGAAGAGUAAGACCUACCACUGGGUGCCAUUUGUCACUGGCUUGAUCAUUUCUGAGCUGCCCUACCUGGUCGUCUGCGGUGUGUUGUACUUUGUGUGUUGGUACUGGACCGCUGGAUUGCCAAAUGAUACCAAGUGGGCAGGCAGCACAUUCUUCGUCGCAAUGUUUUACGAGAUGUUGUACACCGGUAUUGGACAAUCGAUCGCCGCGUACGCUCCCAAUGCAACCUUUGCAUCUCUUGUCAACCCGCUUGUCAUCACCACUCUCGUAUCAUUCUGCGGUGUCUUCGUUCCUUACUCCCAGAUCACGGCGUUCUGGAGAUACUGGAUCUACUACCUCGAUCCCUUCAACUACCUCUUCGGCGCCUUCCUCACUUUCAUCAACUUCUCUGUCAAUGUCACUUGCGAACGCAGUGAGCUUGCGGUCUUCAAUCCUCCUGCGAACAAGACGUGUGGUGACUAUCUCUCCACCUAUCAGCAAGGCAUGGGACUUGGCACAAACCUUCUGAACCCAAACGCUACGGAGAACUGCGAGGUGUGCCGAUACACUACUGGACAAGACUAUUUGAAGACACUCAACUUGAACGAAGAGUACUACGGCUGGAGAAAUGCGGGGCUGGUUGUAAUGUGGGCCGGGGUGUUCUACGCCCUGGUGUUCUUGAUGAUGAAGUUGCGAACCAAGGCGACGAAGACGGCGUCUGCGUAG